AUGGGUAAGAAAUACGUGGACGCGGAGACGGCAGCAGCAAUCGACGUCGCUCUGAUGCGUUUUACCGAGCACGGAUGGCUUCUCGAGCAACUGAUGGAACUCGCCGGUUUGGCAGUCGCGGACGUUCUGGAUGCGGAGAUGUUGUUCAUUAAAGGGAAGGAGGAUGCGGAGGAAGAAGAAAGACCAAGGAGGAGGAUACUGUUCUUGUGCGGACCCGGGAAUAACGGCGGGGACGGGUUAGUCGCGGCGAAACAUUUAUCCUUGAGAGGGUUUGAUGUGGAUAUCUGGCACCCGAAGUUGAACAUUGCGCUUGGGGGGGCGUUGUCGGGGGGGUGUUGGAAGAACGAAAAGCUCUUCACGGGUCUCUACUACUCCUGUAAAGCCGCGGGAUGUCGUUUUUUACGAGAUGGUCAGUUAGAUUUACUCGUCGAUGGGGAUGGGGAACCGGAUUUUGAGAAGCCGAAGCUGCUCGAGUAUCGCGUCGUCGUCGACGCUCUGUUCGGUUUCUCCUUCAAAGGCGAGCCUCGCGAGCCGUAUAAACAAGUCCUCAUAGCCGUGUCGAGGAUCCGAAUGGUAAAGACAAAGGAUAGAACGACGGUAUUGAGCGUAGAUAUUCCCAGCGGAGACGACGUGAACGAAGGACCAACGCAGUACAGCAUUCACCCGGACGCGCUCGUCUCGCUCACCGCGCCCAAAAAAUGCGUUCUACAACGCGCGCGACUCUUCCUGAAAGCUCACGACGCCGCUUCCUCUGACCUCUCACAUCUCGCUGAAAUCAUAAGCUCGUGCCGCCAUUACCUCGGCGGAAGGUUCAUAUCCGCAAAGUUAGUCGAACAGUUUAAAGAACGAGCGGAUUUAAAACACUGGAAAGACACAUUCGACCAAGUGAAAAUGCGUUCCCCGCAAUACGUCGAUCUCGGUCGCGUGGGCGACAUUGUUGCAGACGAUUUAGACGACGGCGGCAACAAAGAGUAG